AUGCUUGAAGAAGACGAAGCCGAAGUCACAGGGUUCAAUGGGCCAUGGAAGAGGGGGCAGAGGAAAUCGUCGUCAGGGUCGAAAGAGAUGGAGGGGUUUCGCAGAAGCUGCGAAGCGUUUACAAAUGUGGUCAGUGCAGGAAAAGGCACUGGAGAUAGAUUGGAUUAUGCGGACUGCAUAGAGUCUAGAGAAGAAUUCUUGCCGAGGGUAAUUAGCAGGGUAGGUCUUUAUUGCUGUUCGUUAUCUCGUCGUCUACGUCUUGAUAAAGGAGAGGAUGGACUUGCUGCUCUCCACUGUCCACUGCUUAUUGUGAGGAGCUCACUAAAUGGCGGCACUUCUGUUCCCAAAACCUUUUGCACAAAACGGAAAUUGAGUGGGGCAGGCAGCCCAACGAUUUCCUGCUUUGUUAAAGCCGUCCUUCUCUGCACUUCUGACGGCGGCCGAUCACAUCAAUCCUGCCUCCGUUUCCGCACACGUAACACUUCUCCUACGCGAAGACUUCCUUUACAGUCGAACAAAGAACAAUCCAUCUCUACACGCGUUGUCCAGCAGAUAAACUCCCAAUCUAGGCAUGUCCCCGGAACAGCCCUACUCACACGAGCCAGGACUCCUGUCGCUUUGCCAUUACCAAAAACCUGCGGACGACGGAUUCAAACGUCUGAUGCAACUGAUCGACUGAAGGCCUUGGCAACCAAUGACGUCCAAAGCCCACAGCAAACUUUGUGGAGCGAUAGCGAGUCACCAAGGACAACCAGGAGAUCUCAUAGAUAUUGGAAAUUUGAGCUAUUUGCGACAUAUAUAAGCUGGGACGCACAGCGUGGCCAACAGUCCGUAGUACGUAACGUAACUACAGUCUACGAGUGGAAAGUCACCUUGAGGACGCACCUAAGUAAUAGAACAGGUAGUCAGCGUAGUAGUUGGGCCUCUGAGGCUGCUGGUCUGCGGAUGGUUUUGAAAAUUGAGAAAAGAUAUCUAUUUGCAGCAGUCACGCAUGGCCCACACGAUAGUCACAUGUUGCCAAGACUUAACCCUUUUCUUGCAUAUAUAGACCUUGAGGUACACUCCCUUCGCAAUAAACUCAGCUCUCCAUCUCUGCGGCUAUCAAAAGCUUCUCUAAAAGCUUCACGUUAUCACACAUCGGGGAUGGGGGAUAGUAGACUUCAGAAAUCUCGCAUGAGUCUAAGGACAGCAGAUACUCUCGUGUUUAUUGCCGUAUACCAUGCAACAUUACUCUCCUUGAAAUGGUCGGGUGACACAUUUAUCCCCGUGAUUGCCCAAGCCAUAAUUGGUACAACUAAUAGGUAUUUUAAUCCGGACGAAGUGCUUGGGAAGUUGCUGAGAGAUAUCCUGAUGAUUUAUCCUAUCAAGUUUUCAAAAUAUCAUUAUCAGGAUCUGGCUGUGUUUCUAAUCCCAACAACCCCGAAACAAAUACCAACAACACGCCAAAUUCAUGAUCUUUCCAUCGCAACCUUUCAAACUCCGAGACGGACAAACACAAUGCAGAUAUAUGAGGUAUACAUGUGCUCUUGUACCGCCCCUCCCGGGGUAGCGAGUCACCCAUCAUUCCGAGACGCAUCUGAGGGCUACGGGAAAAAUACGGCAGUAUUGGUCAUGCUGCUAGUCAUUCUUUUCAUAGUGAAGAGAGACCGUACUAAGCUUUGGAGGCCCUUGGCUUCUAAUAACAUGCACUCUAUGCUUCUCCAAGAGAAGGAGUAUAUUGUGGCUCUUAGCAUAAAGAAUUUAGUAACAUUGUUAUUGUCUGGUCAUAUUACCACCACAUUCGCUAUUAUGGACCCAGCUAGGCCUCUACUCAACCAAGCCAACUUUCUGCUGACGCCUACAGAAUUCGCCACUUUACAACCUGAUGGCCAGAGCGGGUCGGCCGCCCUCCCUACUAGCGUCAUUGAGGUGUUCAUCUGCGUCCAAUAA